CACGCCCACGCGACGGAAGAGAACCAAAACAAAACAACGUGAGGAUGCCAGACAGAGCGUUUACAUACAUAGCGAUUGUUAUUUUCAGUUUGUUUAGCAAACACAAUAAAAACUGUCAUAGAUAUUGCUAACCACAGUCUCGUAGUUAUCGUUAGCUAUAUACAGUGCUGAAAGCGACCAAAUAAUGGCAACUGUUGAUUCUCUAGUUAGCAUGUGUGCUUUAACUGUUGCUCAGCGUGCUGAGAAGUAUGACGAGAUCAAUAUUUUGCCUGCUGGCGUUAAAGACAGAUUAUUACGAAUAAUGACGUCUUACGGCACGGUCAGCGACUCCAACAUCAGUCAGCUGCUUCACUCUGGGACUCACACACUGGACCUGCAGAACUGCAGCGUGACCGACACUGCGCUUAAACAGAUUCACUGUCGGCAGCUGAGGACCAUACUGCUAAGAGGAUGUACACAUAUUACAUCUGAGGGUGUAGCAAUUUUGGCAUCCCAGUGCCCUUAUCUUCAAGUAGUUGAUCUCACAGGUUGUACACUUGUGACAGAUUCAGGGAUUCAAGCACUGGCUCGACACUGCAAACAUUUAGAAGUGAUUUCACUCCGUGGCUGCACUGCUGUCAGUGAUGAAACCCUGCUAGAACUGGGAGCAAACUGCAGACUGCUGCAUAGCAUCUAUUUCUCUGGCACAGAGGUAACAGACAAAGGGGUCAUUGGACUUGCAACUGGGGUUUGUUCACACAGCCUAAAGGAGGUACAGAUGGUACGGUGCCGGAAUUUAACCGAUCUGGCCGUGACCGCCGUUGUUGCAAACUGUGCCAACAUCAGAAUUUUCAAUUUCCAUGGAUGUCCCCUCAUUACAGAUAAAUCAAGAGAGGCGCUCCAAAACCUUAUUGGCCCUGACAAGAUCCAACAAGUGUCUUGGACUGUAUACUGAAUCUGAUCUCAAAAAGACAACACAAUUAAUGAUAUAAAAUACGAAAAAAUAUUUCGCUUUCCCAGUUUGUGUAAAAAAUAAUUUAACAUUAUGAAUAUAUUUAUUAUGUAAGAAUGUUUCCAUUUUUUUUAUUUUCAACAGCACUGUACUGUAAUAAAUAUAUAAUAAACAUACAUGUACUAAAAAAAUUA